CCUUUUGGAGAGAGGGGAAAGUCCAGCAUCUGUCUCACAUGUCUGUCGAAACGCCGUCCGUAAAAACUAGGGUAACCAGUUUUUGGAAAGGACUAUCUCCGGACCAGCACAUGUUAAAAAAUCUAUCCGGAUAGUUUUGUCUCAGUGGGUAAGGUUGGGCUUUUUGUUGGGUCAAGACUGCGUGUUUGUGUGUUUUAGAGGAUGAGUGGGUUCCUGCUGGUCCUUUGUCUUGCUUUGUGGCACCAGGGGGGGACAGCGGGGCCCGACCCGCCGGGCUGCAGCAGCCCUGAUGCGGUGAGGGCAGCAGAAGAGGCUCUGGAGCAGAUCAACCAGGACAGGACAAGCGGAUACAUCCUGAGCCUCAAUAGACUGUAUGAUGUCUCCCACACGCCACAACAGGAGCGAGGGGGGUCAGUCUACACUCUGACCAUUGAUGUCAUGGAGACUAAAUGUCAUAUAACCAGCAAGAAAGCCUGGAAACAAUGUCAAGUCAAAGGCAUUGGAGAUGUUCCAGUGUAUGGAGAGUGCCAGGUAUCAGUAUUUGUUGACACUCAAGUCAAACUUCAAAGCUACUCUUGUGCCCUGCGUGAAGUUCCAGCUACUGCAGUGGUGGACGUGUGUCCUGACUGUCCCACAGCUGAAAACUUGAACGACCCGAUUGUCGUGGAGACCGCCAAUCUCUCUCUCCAGAGGUUUAAUGAAGAAAGCCUAUUGGCCAACUACUUCACCCUGGAGAACAUUACUAAAGCCAGUUCCCAGUGGGUUGUCUGGCCCUCUUACUUUGUGGAGUUCACCAUUGUUGAGACGGUGUGUUCCAAGAAAGUAGAUCCUAUCGAGCUGAGCAGCUGCCCAACAAUGAACUGCCAGUUUGCUCACAGAGGCUUCUGUUUGGGCACUCAUGUUGCUCUGGAAGAGGAAUUUGAAGCAAGAAACCCUGUUGGGAAAAAGGGCAACUCUUUUAAGAACCAUAAACCUGUCGAGGUGAAGUGUGAGAUCUAUGAACCUCAGGCUGCUGUUACAGAAAAAGUGGCUCAUGCAACUGCAGGCAGCGGGCAUCCUGAGCUUCAUGACCACAACCACACACACCUCCACGCCCACGAGCACGUGCACUCAAACUCACCCAGCCCGGCAGCAUCUAAGCCCCAAAGUCCUAUCGGCACUGUGGUGAAUCUUCCUCCCCCACUUCGAUAUGCCCCGAUGGGAAGCUCCUGCCCCGGUCCCCGUAGACACAACCUGCAUUUAGACAAACUCAAGCUCUGAUUGAUCAGAUGAAGAUUUGAUCUGUGACUUAAACAAUGUAACUAAAACAUAAAGCAAUUGCAAAAUAUGGUAACAAUCGUUCUUAGAAUCUUCAGAUGGCAUUUGUUUGAUUCAAAUGUUUCUCUAAGCUGGAGUUUUGAUUGAAAACACAUAGUUUAGAUACUUUUGCUCUUUUUAUCACAUUUAUCUGUAGAUUUAGGUUGUUGACGAAGAAUCUGAAUGCUUCCUUGCGGCCUGUCAUCCAUGUAACAGUUGGUUAACAAUCAAAAAAAGCUGAAGUUUCAGGUCAAAGAUCCCCUAGUGCUGAUGAUGAAAAUGUGUUUCAAAGCUCCAAACUGAAGCAGAAGGAAAUAAGACAAUUCUGCAAAAACCAUCCUCCUGAAAAAACAUUAUGAAUUGCAACACAUUUCUGCUGUGUAUGUAAACAUUUGCACGAGUUUUUGAUCAUUUACACACAAAUCUAUGUUACACAUGUGCAUUUAGUGAUUACAAAUAAAUCUUAGAUUUUAAAAUGCUUGUGAGAAAUUGAUUUAAUUAAACAUAUCAAACUUUGGGCUCCCUGUAUAAUACAUGUGUCAGUGGUCUGAAUAAAACUCAUUUUUUUCAUGAUGAGGCUUCCUAAAGGCACCAAUCCCCAACUCUGUAACGCCCACUACACCAAAGAAUUGACAGAAAUUUAGGAGGGAUUACGAUGUUUUGUAUGAAACCCAGAAACAAAUGCAAUGACUUUCUUUUUAAUACAUUUAAAUAAAUAAAAAAAUGUCUGCUGAUUGUAACUUCAGCAAUACUUGUUUACCGACAUCUGAAACAAAAGGAAAACCAAAAAACCGAUAAGCAAAAGGGGAUGUUGUUUGAAGGAAACUGAAACGUUUGACCACAUGAGGAAGUGAAAACAGACAAAAAACAAACAGGAAAAAAAAAA